GCCAACUCCAGACUUCGGACGGCGAAGGUGUAAGAUGGAUGGAGCUUCGGGCUUUGAUUACGGAGACCAUGAUUUGAGUUUCCCUGAUUGAUACCUAGGGCGGGGAGCAUUGGAGAGCGCUUUGUGCAUACGUACCUACCACGUAUGCCAUGCUCCAGUUUCUAUAAAGACUAAGUGGACUCCUAUCUGGAACUCAGUUCUUCAUCCAUCAGCUUCCUAUAUAACCUCACCAGCUCUACCCAUUCCCUUGUCCUCAACUCUUUCGUUCGGACAUCUUCCUCAACUCAAAACCACUUAAUUCUUCCAACUCAAACCCCCCACACCCGCCAACAUGCCUCUCACCGGCCACUGCCUUUGCAAGGCUGUCACUUACACCGUCAAGGGCACCGAAGAGCCCCUCCUCACUGCCUAUGAUCACUGCGAUGACUGCCAGCGUCAGUCCGGCUCGACCUACUCCCUCGUUGCCGUAGUCCUCAAGGACAAGCUCGAGGUCAACGGCCCCGUCAAGAAGUGGAAGGGCACCGCCGAUUCCGGCAACGCCGUCUGGCGCUGGUUCUGCGAGGAGUGCGGCUCUCCCAUCGCCCACGAUCCCGAUGCUGCUCCCGAGAUCAUUGCCCUCAAGGGUGGUUCGCUGUCGACUGAGAUCAAGAAGACUCUCAAGCCUGACACCGAGAUCUGGACCAAGAGCAAGCUCCCCUUCUGCCAGGAGCACUUGGCGAAGCCCUUCGAGGGCAUGCCCCAGUAAUUGGAGCGGCUCCGGGCUUUGGUUAUGAGUGAAUCAGAUCCAUGGGUGGGCGUUUGAAUGAUGUAAGAAAUGAGAUACCUUGGGCGAGCGAUUGGUUUUGGGACAGCAUACUAGAUCUCGGAACCGAGGAUGGUGACGGCGGCGGCGGCGUAGAUUAUGAAUUGAAAUUCAAGCACAUAUGAAAAGAAAACUUUGUACAAGUUUUUGGUGUACAAUGAGAAGUGAUGAUGA